AUGAAGAUUUGUGUGGUGUUUAAUCUUCAAGUUGAAGCACGAUAUGAAGAUGAUCAAAGUUCAUGUUCUUCAUCAACUUCGAUUUUCCAUUUAUGUUCAAAAACACAACUUUUAUUUCUAGGGUGUUUGAUCUUCAAGCUGAAGCACGAUAUGAAGAUCACCAAAGUUCACAUUCUUGAGUUCAUGUUCUUCAUCAACUUUGAUUUUCCAUUUUUGUUCAAGAACACAACUUUGAUGUAUGGGUUUGUUUUCAUGUUCUUCAUCAAAUUUUGGAUUUAUGUUCUUGAUUUCAUAUUUAUGGCCGGAGACUCGUCGGAGAUGACCGGAGUCUCGCCGGAGUUGACAAAUAUACUGGAAACCGGCUAA